CUGAGUCUGGAGCGAGUUUAGUGCAGGCACGUGACUCCACUCGCUGAUGUGGAGAAAGGAAAACGAAACCACACACACCUGCCCCAGAGAGCAGCUGAAGACUUCACACCAAGGAGAGAAAAUGUCUGGUGCAAGAAAGAAACUACGGGAGGCUUUGAGCCACUAUGUCACAGACACCCUCAUCUCCAUCACCUUAGUGAGAGGAUUCUGUGAGACGAGCUCUAAAUGGGUGCUUGCAAGGGAGAGGGAAUCCAAGAUGAUCAAGGACAUCAAAGACAGGUUUGACAAAACUGACCUGAGCCUCAGCCACGUUACCAAGUCACAGGAGAAAGGUAAGGCCUUUCUGGAAUACAUGAGGGGCGUGGUGAACGGAAAACAAACCUGUGACGAGCUGGAGAAGGAGCUGGCUGCUGUGCUGGAGGACACUCUGAGAGGCCUGGAGAAGCUCGACUGCUUCCUGGAUGCAGUGGAGAAGCUGGCGGUCACCUCACUUCAUGUGUUCAUGGAAAACCAGGUGUUAGUUCUACCUGAAGCGAUCAGCCUUGAAAACAUUCAGGCUGUCAUCGCUGCUGCACGAGUAAUCUGCCCCCUCCUCCUCGAGUUUAAAAGAGAUGCACGAGUCUUCUUUGUUCCCAGACUCCAGAAUGCGGAAGUGCUGUCGUAUCAGUUGGACAGAUACAUACAGACCAUCCAGAUAAUCUGUGAGCAGUUUGAGAAAAGCUCCCUCUGGGACUUUCGCCUGAAGACUAGGAGAACUCUGGUUGAGGUCGAUGAGGACUUGUCUGAAGAUGAAACACAGAGGAUGCUUUAUCACAUUAAUCAGCUUGAUGAAAUAAGGAUGAACCAGCACUUCCGGACAGUGUUCUUGUUUCGGGAGGAGUCAUGUUCUGCCUUCAUCAGUGAGUUCAACAAGCGACAUCCCAGGAUGCUGCAGUGUCUCAAAGACCUGGAGGACAUUGCUGUUCAGCUUGACAAGAUGAGUAAAGGGGCAAAGAUCUCCAGUGUGGCUGGCAGCUCAGUGGGGGCAGUUGGAGGUGUGCUUUCCAUUGUUGGGUUGGCGUUAAUUCCUGUAACAGCAGGAGUGUCUCUAGCUCUGACCAUGACAGGGGUAGGGCUGGGAAUCACCAGCGGAGUUAACGGUAUUGUCACCACAGCCACAGAGGUUGGAGUAAAUGUUACACAAGAAAAGAAAGCCAGUGAAGUCUUCAAGGUCUUCAAUGAGGAUGUGCAGAUUCUCCAGGAUUGUCUGGAGGAGGUGACCAGUCAAACAGUCUCUAAAAUUAAAGCAAGUGUGAUUGAUGUGGCUCAGGGAGUGGGCAUUGUUUUCAGUAAAGUUUGUGCUGUUGGAAAAGGCAUUGAUUCACUUGUCGAUGCUGCCUCUGCUGUUAAGGUGUUGCAAAGUGAAGAGGUGAUUACAGGUGUUGGUAAGGUGGUGGCCCAGGAAGGUAAAGCAUUACGCAAUGUGCCCAGGGUGGCCUCAGACAUCCCAGAUAUUGGUCAGGCAGCAGUCAAAGGGCCUCUCGCUCUAUCCAAUUCAGCCAGGGCAGGUUUCAUCGGACUCAAUGCUCUUUUCCUCGGCAUGGACAUCUUCUUCAUCUGUAAAGACAGCAUCAAUCUGGCUAAAGGCAGUGAGACUAAAGUCUCAAAGUUCAUCAGAGCCAGAGCUGCACUUUUGAGCUCAGAGAUAGAGUCAUGGAAGAAGAUCCGCGACUCUUUGUGUCAAAGCCUCUUAACAUCAGAGAGAAAACAAGGUACUCUGGAGACACCAUUUUAUCCAUGAAGUAGAUCUAGAUCUACACACAGAGAAACGGAUGUGAAUAUUUCAUUUAAUCAAGUGUAGCGUAGCACUCAGUAAACACAUAGUACUGCAUCUGUGGCAACUCUCUAAUGUGCCUUUUUGCUUACUCUGAUUAAUUUGAACGAAGAAAUUCAAUCAAAAGCUGUAAAUCACUGAUUAGUAUCAAACACAAUUUAAAUCUCUGCUUGACCAACUCUUAAAGGAGCUAUUUGUAAGUUUUGCUGUUGCUAUAUAGCCAACAUUAGCAUUAACAGUUGUUUACUUACCAGUGUUGCAGAGCUUCAGCCAUAGUUGAGUCUACAAGACCAUAGAUUAUAAUACAUCCUCUGAGCAGUGAGUUCUUCAGGGCAGACUGGACACUCUAGUGACUCGGUAUCAGAAAGUGACGAGACAGUCUGACCGGGCUGGGGCUAGCUGGUUAGCAUGCUAACUUCAGUAGAGGAAAAGAAGUGAUAGAAAAACAAGCAAAACAAGAGUUAACAUCGGUGUUUCUUUCCACCUCUUGAGAAAGCUGUUGGUGAGUAAAGCAAUAAAGGCAAACAGCCAUUAAUGCUAACGUUAGAAAAACGUACAAAUAUCUCCUUUAAAGUUUAUUUCUCAUAACAAACUGAUUACUUGAGUUGGUUAACAAUUACAUGUGCAGUAUGCUAUUUCCUUAACUGAAUUUCUUUUUAUUUCUUUCUAUUUUAUUUCUUUUACUAUGAAUGUAUUACAUAUGUCAUUCAGUGAUAAAUUCUAUGAAGAAUAUUUACCAGUAGGGUUGCAAUCUGUCAUAAUGAUGUCACAAUGAUGUUGUACGACACAAACACAUUUACUGUCAUAAAAAUAAACUUCAAUGUGUAGAAUAGAUUAAAUAAGAAUAAUACAUUAUUUCUUGGAUAUUUCUUUUUUUUGUUUCAUACAAUGUGGACUUUUUUUGUUCAUGGAGGCACCUGCUUCACCCAACUUUGCAAUUGUUUUCUGUAAAGCUUUAAAUGUCCCAUAUUUUACACAUUUCCUGUGUUUUAUUUGAAGUAUUGAUCCAUAAGAAGAUAUUUGUGGUUUAAGAACCAAAACCCAUCUCAAUGUAGUUUUACAUCUCCUCUCUCUCUAGCAAUAGCAAGUUCAGAGCCUCAAGCACUGUGUGCUCUGAAGAAUGUCCCUUUAAAUUUCCCAUAAUGAUAAAAAACAAAAAAUGUUGUCACUUUUCUGUUGUGCAAGAUUUUAAAAUGAUAUAAUGUUGUAAUUAUUAUUGCCUUUGUUAAUUUUCUACUUUGAAGACAGAGUGAUUGGAUUCAUAUAGAGAAGCUGCAGAGAGUGCACAAAGGGUGGGAUACACUUUUAAGAUCUGCGUUUUUGUGUGCAAUGCACUUUUAAAUCCCCAGCUCCCCCAGUCCACACUCCGACACAGCCCAGCCUUCCAUCUACUGUAUGAUCAUUUCACUGCCUGCACUCAUUCACUGAUUAAAUGUGUGUCUUUCAGCACACUGUCUUAGAUACAAAGGUGGAACCAGAAUAAUGCUCAAAUAAUGACAUUAAUUGAUAUGGAAUGGGCAGGGAGUCAUUGGUGGUUUUGAUAAUUAACUGAUGUUUAAAUUAUAUGACAAAAACAACCAAACAAAUAAAAACCAGCUGCACCUCAAACAACUGACAGCGUCUCACAGCUCUGUGUUACACCCACUGUGGUGAGGUGAAAGGAAGUCCACAAAGUGCAGUGGUGUGUACAAACAUGGUAAUCCACAAACUCAUUUCAGUAGCAGUACAACUGUCUGGGACUCACCAGUGUAGUCAGCAGUGCUGUCACCACAACUGCAGGGACUAGAGUAAAGCGUAAACAUCAGA